ACUCAACUUCAGACAACUUUUACGCACUCGGGUGAUCAAUCGCGAUCAUGAAAGACUAUCUGAGAGGAAUAGAGUGGAUCGAAUCUUGAGGAGCACCUUAGGGAUCGUGAGAGGAGCUAAAAUGUCGAUUCAAGACAUCAAGACCCUGAGUCUCUGCACAGACCUCUAUCAAAUUACCAUGGCGUACGCCUAUUGGAAGGCCAGACGAGUCGACGAUCAGGCGGUGUUUGACCUAUUUUUUAGGAAGAAUCCAUUUCAUGGUGAAUUCACAAUCUUCGCUGGACUCUCCGAAUGUCUCAAGUUCAUCCAGAAUUUUAAGUACACCGAAAGCGAUAUUGCCUAUUUGAAGAACACCUUGCCCAGCAACGUAGAGCCCGAGUUCUUCGAGUAUCUGUCGAAUCUCACUUGUGAGGAUAUCACUCUGUAUGCAUUGAAAGAAGGCACGGUGGCUUUUCCCAGGGUGCCUUUGAUCCGCGUGCAAGGGCCUUUGAUCGUGGCUCAAUUACUAGAAACUACGUUUCUUACUUUGGUCAACUAUGCCAGUCUGGUUGCGACCAACGCCGCCAGAUACCGGAUUGCAGCCGGAAAGAGCAAUAUCAAACUCUUGGAAUUUGGUUUGCGACGAGCCCAAGGACCUGAUGGAGGACUUUCUGCCUCUAAAUAUGCCUACAUUGGAGGAUUUGAUGGGACCUCGAACGUUCUGGCCGGAAAGCUUUUUAAUAUACCGGUUAAGGGAACACACGCCCAUGCGUUUGUGACGUCCUUCACCGGAGCCGAAGAUUUGGCCGACACCAAGAUUGUUCAUAAGAACGAUCCCGAUCAGAUGGAGACAGACUUCUUUGGCAAAUGUCUGGAUUGGCGUACCAAAUUGGCCAGUCAUCUAAAGAUCUUGAAAGAGGAAGCUCAUGACGGCGAAUUGGCCGCAUUCGCCUCUUAUGCGAUUGCUUUUCCAGAUGGAUUCAUGGCCCUUGUUGAUACGUAUGAUGUGUCCAGGAGUGGUUUACUAAACUUCGCCAGUGUGGCUCUUGCCUUGAACGAUUUGGGUUAUCGAGCUUUAGGAAUCCGAAUUGAUUCCGGAGAUUUGGCCUAUCUAUCUCGUGUGGCGAGAGAGGCGUUCCACAAGGUCAGCAAGGAGUUUGAUGUUCCUUGGUUUGCUUCACUGACUGUGGUUGCUUCCAAUGAUAUCAAUGAGGACACGAUCCUGUCCCUGAACGAGCAAGGCCAUUCCAUUGAUUGCUUUGGCAUUGGAACACACUUGGUAACUUGUCAGCGACAACCUGCAUUGGGAUGUGUGUACAAACUGGUCGAGAUCAACGAAAAACCCAAGAUCAAACUUAGUCAGGACGUUGAAAAAGUCACCAUGCCAGGCAAAAAGAUUGGAUUUCGAUUAUACAGUAGUGAUGGACACGCCCUUAUCGAUUUGCUACAAAGGCCUAGCGAGCCCCCGCCAGAGGUUUGCACUCGAGUUUUGUGCAGACAUCCUUUUCAAGAAUCGAAGAGGGCGUGGGUCAUUCCAUCCCAAGUCGAAGACCUUUACAGUUGCUGGUGGACUGAUGGACAUCUCUUCCAAGACAUCCCAACCAUGGAAGAAACCCGCCAGAAUGUUCAAGUGUCUCUAAGGACCUUGAGACAAGACCACAAGAGAUCUUUGAAUCCAACUCCUUACAAGGUUGGCGUGAGCGAUGAUUUGUACCAUUUCAUCCACGAUCUUUGGCUCGAAAACCAGCCGAUUGGCGAGCUUUCUUGACAAUCAUACGCCCUGGACUCAGGAUCCGGGGCGCCUGGACUCACUUUGGACAACGAGAAGAGCAACAAGAGCAAUGGAAAUGUAAUCCACACGGAGGAUAUCCGAUGUUCUCCUGCUGGCCUUUAAGGCGGAAAAGGAAACCAAACUGACGAUGAAGGAGUUGUAGUUGGGCUCGGAUUUGCCAUUUCGCCCUUAACUUGCACUUAGCAUCUGUAUGUAGGAAACUAACCACCAGCAUUGCUUUGAGGAUUAUCAUUCUAAAUUGCCUCGAUUUCGUUUCAAUCGUCACCGAAGUAGACGUCCAGGUUCAAGACCCGUGGAUCGAUAUUUGUACAAUAUUACCAAUACACGUUUACUAUUUAUUUUUGAGAGGGAGCCUUUCACGUCGCCAUGCGAGCAUUUACCGUAAAGACGAUUGCAAGCAUGAAUCUCUUUUCUUGGGAUAUAGAUUGCUCCAAGUUGACUUGAAAGAGAAUAAAAUUCAGCACUAAAACAA